AAGAAGGAAGGUGAAUGUGUGAGAGUGAAGCUCACACUUCAGUGCGUCGGGUAAGCACACAUACACACACACACACACACACACACACACAUACAUUUACACAAACCCACAUGCUUGGAGCUCUGAUAAGUGUAGCAGUGUAGUAUCAUGAGCGAGAAAUGAUGGACUCCCACAACCGAGCUGCCUUGGACAUCUCCACCAGAAACCCCCAGGAGGACUUUGAAAUUCAGUUGCGAGUUGGUGGAGGAACCUAUGGCGAGGUUUAUAAGGCUCGAAAUAAACAAACAGGUGAGCUGGCAGCUAUCAAGGUCAUCAAAAUGGAACCAGAGGAUGACUUCUCAGUGAUCCAGCAGGAGAUUGUUAUGGUGAAGACAUGUAAGCACCAUAACAUUGUGGCAUACUAUGGAAGUUACAUAAGGGCCAACAAAUUGUGGAUCUGUAUGGAGUACUGUGGGGGUGGAUCUCUACAGGACAUCUAUCAUGUAACGGGGCCACUGUCAGAGAGCCAGAUUGCAUAUGUGUGCCGGGAGAUGCUUCAGGGCCUUGAUUAUUUGCAUGGACAGAAAAAGAUUCACAGAGAUAUAAAGGGUGCCAACAUCCUUUUGAAUGACCAAGGAGAGGUCAAACUAGCUGAUUUUGGCAUUGCUGCACAGAUCACUGCCACAUUUGCCCGCCGCAUGUCAUUCAUUGGGACUCCCUAUUGGAUGGCACCAGAGGUGGCUGCAGUGGAGAUUAAGGGUGGCUACAAUGAACUUUGUGAUAUCUGGUCAGUUGGUAUCACCGCCAUUGAGUUGGCAGAAUUACAGCCACCGUUGUUUGAUGUCCACCCUCUACGGGUGCUCUUUCUUAUGUCUAAGAGUGGAUACCAGCCUCCAAAGCUCAAGGAUAAGACCAAAUGGUCUCCCAUGUUUUACAAUUUUGUGAAAGCCAUGCUCAUCAGAAACCCAAAGAAGAGGCCGAGUGCAGCAAAAAUGCUCACACACCAGUUUGUGGUUCAGCCGGGCCUGAGGCAGGAGCUUACCCUGGACUUGCUAGAGAAGCUACAGCAUCCAGAAAAGUUGAAGGACUGCUUACUAACAGAAGAGGAGGACAUGGAGAUACAUGUUCCAAGUUCACUCAGAAGAAUCCAUUCCAUUAACCGACACAAUCAAGCAGAGAGGACAAAUUCUGACAUCAGUUUGCAGCAGAUCUAUACACAGAGACCACUGAAAAUAAAGACCGACUCCCCAGAUACAACAUUACGGUCAGAGGGUUGUCGAUGGAUAGCGUCUCCUGAAGCAGACAAAAAGUGGACAGUGAGAAAUGAGAAUGCUGGGUCAGAUGAUGACUAUGAUGAUGUAGACAUACCCCUGAACUCCAGCAGCAGUGAGACUAUUCCAGAUAGUAAUACUCCUCCUCCACUUCCUCCAAAGCCCAAGGUUCGCACAAGUUCAGAGGAGAGUGUGGUUAGUGAAGAUGAUCACAGUCGCUCACAGCACGCCCUCCUUCCCCCUCUCCCGCCCCUGUACCGUACCGCUAGUGGAACCCACACACGCCCAGCCCCUCGGCCACGCUCCACAAGAAACACCAACUCAGAUCCUUCAUCUUUUAAAGGAUAUAGAACAGACAGUCCGGCUGAACCCCAACCACCACAGCUGCCUCCAAAGAAAGACAGGAGGAAACGGCAGCCUAAACAGGAUCCAGGUGAAUGUGCUAGCCCUGUAUCAAGAAAGCCUCCAAUUAUAUUUAGAAAAGUAUUUAAUGGAUGCCCUUUGAAGAUAAACUACUCAACCACAUGGGAGCAUCCAACAACUAAGGAUCAGCAUCUCAUAUUUGGAGCAGAUGCUGGAAUUUUCAUGCUUAAUCUUAAUGGGGCUGAAGCCACAAUGGAGCUACUUUACCCAGGGAAAUGCACUUGGGUCUAUACCAUAAGUAAUGUGCUUAUGUCAAUAUCAGGGAAGUCAGCUCAGAUACAUUCACAUUCUCUGAAAGAGUUGUAUGAGCAAGCUAGGAAAGACCAUCGCAUGGUUGCCUUACCUACACACAGACUGCUUCCAAGGAAAUGUUUAAUAACUACAAAAAUACCAGACACCAAGGGAUGCCAAACAUGCACUGUCGCCAGAAACCAGCUACGAGAUUGUGUGUUUCUGUGUGGUGCGUUGGAUUCCAGUGUAGUGUUGCUACAGUGGUAUGAACCCAUGCACAAGUUCAUGCUCAUCAAGACAUUUGAUUUCCCACUGCCUAAUCCUUUGAGGGUGUUUGAAAUGGUUGUGGUACCAGAUCAGGAAUACCCACUUGUUUGCAUUGGAGUAGCCAAGGGUAACAGUCCAGACCAGCCUGUUCAGCUAAACACCAUCAACCUCAACUCUAACACUUCCUGGUUUACUGGCACAGGGCUAGAGGCUUGCUGUGCAGAUACAGUGCAAGUUAUCCAGCUGGACAUUAGCACACUACUUGUGCUCAUUGAUAGCUCGGCUUAUUUUGUGAACCUGGAAGGCUCUGUGAGGAGUCAGAGGAGGUUACAGUCUGAGGUUUCCUUUCAUUUGAGUGUGGAAGCCAUUGUGUAUUUUGAAGGUACAUUGCUGGCCUUGUGGCGGCAUGGUUGGCAGCGGAGAGGAGAGAACUUUUCUGAGAUUCUUCAAGAGACCACAGACCGUAGGAAGACCUAUCGCCUAGUCGGGUCAGACAGAAUGGUUGUGUUGGAAACAAGACAAACUGAGGACCACUCUGGUCACUGCAACCUUUAUAUUCUGGAAAUUGCUGAGCGCUUCAUUCCUGUACCUUGAGGUGUUUAUUGCAUACAAUUGGUAUCAUGGAGGAGUCCCUAUUUCCCCCAUGUUGAACUUUUACAUAAACUGGGAUAUUAUAAUGAUCUCACUGAACUGUAUACACCCAAUGGACAGAACACAUUUGCUGCCUUAAGAAUCCCACAUAAACCAGCUUUGUCUAGUGUCAACCAAAUGUACGGAAUAUGAUCUAUGUCUCCAUUUGCCCUCUCACGAACAUGCAACUGUGAGAGGCAAUGGAGGGACUUGUUUUGGCUAAUAUGUACCUGGACUGCCUCUGGUGGAUAUCUGCAUUUAUCUGGAGUUGGAGCGGUUGUUUGUCAGUGAGGAGAUGCUGAGUUUUUGUGGUCACACAGGAGGAAAAAGACCUUGAGAAUGCCCACAAGAACACUAUAAACAUUCCAUCUUCAUGCAGUCAUUAGCUGGAUAGCUGCCUCAACAUUUUUGCCUCAAAUGUUUGAAGGCAAUGCCUCACUACAAGUUAAACCUCAUCAGUACCAUCUACUUGUCCAGAAAUUCCGCCAACUGUCAUGUCAUGACCAGUACUAUUUUCAUUAAGCCCUGAUAGUUCCUCUCUGUAAUUACACCAGCCACUGUGCAAUGUUCCUUUUUCUAAGACCUACAAUAUAACCAGUAUCAAGCCUCUUCAUGUAGCAGUGUGAUAUCAGCCAAACAGGAAGCGGAUAUGGAAAACUAGUCCUACAUUGGUUACUACACUGAGGGGCAGAUAUGCACAUUUGUAAGUGCAGCAUAAACAGUGACUUCACUAGUCUGCAGAAACCAUACCCUGUGCCUCUUAUUUCCCGAAAAGUAAUUCUAAUUAAAAAAAUACUUAAAAACAAUUUGUGCAGCUGUCACAAACAUAACAAAAUAACAAAAGUCAGGCACAGGUAAGUGGAUGACAUGCUGACGUGAAAGUAGUUUAUGUCAUUAAGAAAGAAUAAAAUUGAACGUUGCUUUUGAUACAAAUAAAUAAAUCUGAUGCUCUGAAAACUUA